AUGCUACUAAAACGACGAGGUUACAAAACGUACCAACCGCCAAGUCGCGCCUCCACUCUGGCGCAGCAACAACAACAGCCGAGUCCAGGCAACAAUGCAUUCACGCGCUUCCCCGCUGCUCAAGGCCUGUAUCAGCCAGAGCUCGAGAAGGACAGCUGUGGCGUGGGCAUGAUUGUCAACAUUAAGGGCAACCCUUCGCACGACAUUGUCAAGCACGGACGCGAGGUGCUGGUCAACAUGACCCACCGAGGUGCCGUCGGUGCAGAGGAGAACAGCGGAGACGGCGCUGGCAUUCUCGCCUCCAUCCCGCACAAGCUGUACGCCCGCGCGCUCGAGGUGCAAGGUGUGACGCUGCCGCCGCUCGGCCAGUACGCAACUGGCAUGGUCUUUCUAAGCGCCAAUCCCGACGUGCGCCAAGCCACCAAGCGCGCGCUUGAGGAGCGAGCUGCCUCCAGCGGGCUGGCUGUUCUGGCAUGGCGCGACAUUGCCACCGACAAUAGCAGUCUGGGCAGUGUGGCCAAGUCCGCCGAGCCGGGCAUCUCGCAGCUGUUUGUGGUGCCGAACGAGGCUCCCAACAUUCCAGUUGCUGAAGCCACGCUCCGAAGGCGCGCUUUUCGCUUUAUGCGCGAAGCCCGCAAAGGACUCGCUGCCUCGGCACCGCUGUACUUUUGCAGCCUCAACACGCGCACCAUCGUGUACAAGGGCCAGCUCACACCCGAGCAGCUCUUCCCCUACUUUCCUGAGGACCUGAGCGACCCCCUCUUCUCCUCGCAUGUCGUCAUUGUCCAUAGUCGCUUUAGCACCAACACCUUCCCCAGCUGGGAACGAGCGCAGCCCCUGCGCUAUAUUGGUCACAACGGCGAGAUUAACACGCUCAAAGGCAACUCGAACUGGAUGCGCGCGAGGGAAGGCGUCAUGUCGAGCCCCCACUUCGCCGCGUUGGACUCGCUCUACCCCGUGAUUGAGCCAAACGGCUCGGACUCGCAGGCACUCGACAACUCGCUCGAGUUUCUGCUCAACUGCUCCGACCGCUCGCUGCCGGAGACCAUGAUGAUGCUCGUGCCCGAGGCUUGGGAAAACAUGCACUCCAGCGCGAAUGGCAUCACCACUUCCGGAAGCACUGCGGCGCGGCGUCACUUUUACGAGUGGGCGUCGCAUGUCAGCGAGCCUUGGGAUGGCCCUGCCUUGUUCACUUUCACGGACGGACGCUUUGCUGGAGCGACGCUGGACCGCAACGGGCUUCGCCCCAGCCGCUUCCUGGUGACCAAGGACGAUCUGUUGGUCAUGGCCAGUGAGAUUGGCGUUGUGGAAGGCAUCCCCAGCAACAGCAUUAUUAAAAAGGGCCGCUUGGAACCUGGUCGAAUGCUUCUGGUCGACACCCUCGAAGGAAAGAUUGUCAACGAUCACGAACUCAAGGAGAAGGUGGCCACGUCGCGACCCUAUGGCAAAUGGAUUAAGGGCGCGGUGCGGUUGCUCCCGUUGGUCGAGAAGGCCGAGCAGCUGCGUUCGCAGUCGGAGCAUGACAACUUUUCGGGAGCCUGGGCCUCGUUGCCUGGCUCCACUGCCUUCAAGGGCGAAACUGCCAGCUCGUCGAAACUGGUGCGACCCUCGCAGGCUGUUCGCUCAAUUCUGCUCCCGCUCUUUGGCUACACACAAGAGACCGUGUCGAUGCUUUUGGCGCCGAUGGGUGAGCACGGCAAGGAGGCGCUCGGCUCGAUGGGCAACGAUGCCCCGCUCGCCGUCCUCUCGCGCUUCCCCAAGCUGCCCUCCGAGUACUUUAAGCAGCUUUUCGCCCAGGUGACCAACCCUCCCAUCGAUCCCAUUCGCGAGGCGGUUGUCAUGUCUCUGCGCUGCGCUGUCGGCCCUUCUGGCAACAUUCUCGAAACGAGCGCGCAGCAAUGCCACCGUCUGGUGCUCGACUCGCCCAUUCUCACCGACGCACAGCUCGAUGCCAUCAAGCAUGUCGAACAGCUGGAUCCUUCAACCGGCUUUGCCACUCGGGUUUUCCCUCUCGAGUACGCCUUGUCGUCGUCGUCGUCGUCGUCGUCCGCUGCAGUGGAGGAAGGCUACUCCUUCAUUGUGCUGAGCGACCGAGGCUUUGUCGCCAAAACGGAGGCGGCCUUGUCUGCAAACCCCGCAUCGGCUCAUUCGUCGCGCUUUGAACAAGCGGCUCCCAUCAGCGCGCUGCUUGCCGUGGGUGCUGUUCACCAGCACCUGCUGCGCUCGAGACAACGAUUGAAGGUUGCUCUGAUCGUGGAGACUGCCGAGGCGCGCGAAGUCCAUCACCAUUGCCUCAUGGUCGGCUUUGGCGCCGAUGCCGUCUGUCCGUACCUGGCUCUGGAUGUCAUUCGCAGCCUGUCGCACAAGCACACCAUCCGUCCCGAUGUCCAUGGGCGCGCCAACAGCACCCACGUAUCACAAUCGGACUACAACUACAUCAAGUCCGUCAAUGCCGGCAUGCUCAAGGUCAUGGCCAAGAUGGGCAUCUCCACGCUUCAAAGCUUCAAGGGUGCCCAAAUCUUUGAGGCGAUUGGUCUCGGACAGUCCGUGAUUGACUUGUGCUUUACGGGAACGACCUCGGCCGUCGGCGGCAUUGGUUUUGCCGAGAUUGCCUAUGACACGGAAGAGCGACACAGGCUUGCCCAAGUACUGCUGCAACAGCAUCGUGAGCAACAGUCGGUCGUCCAAGGCCUGCCAACAGAACUGCCCUAUCUGUCGUCGUCGCUGUCUUCGCAUUCGCUGCAAGGGCUGUCGUUCAAGGCACCGACAACGAGCGCGGCCGCAGUUCGGCUUUUCAGCACAACAGCGGCCCGUGCGCGUGCCAACCAGCACCACUUGCACUUACUUGCGAGCACCAAGGCAGCCGGAGCCGCAACGCUCACUCAGGACGCCCCAGCGGCCGCCGACGAGUUGGCGACCAGCGUGGGCCAGCAGCCUCUGCAUCAAACACCUCACAGCGUGAAGGAUCGCCAUCCUGUUGUCCCCGUCACGGCAGGUAGCCUGCUCUCUGCAUCCUUGGCCAAUCGCGGUGACUAUCACUGGCGAGCCAACGGAGAAGCGCACAUCAACGAUCCCGAGAGCAUUGCCUUCCUGCAGGACGCUGCCCGCCGGAACAACACCGACGCGUUUGCCCGGUACACUGAGUAUGCAAACGCGGCAGUUCGCGGCUGCACACUGCGUGGAGUGAUUGAUAUUGUCGGAGUCGACACACCAGCGUCGUCAGAGUCGUCCGGGUCGGCAGCCGUUCCGCUUGAGGAGGUUGAGUCGGCGGCUUCCAUUUUGACACGGUUUUGCACUGGCGCCAUGAGCUAUGGCUCCAUUUCCGAGGAAGCACACACCACUCUGGCCAUUGCCAUGAACCGCAUUGGUGGCAAGAGCAACACUGGCGAAGGCGGCGAAGACCGCAAGCGCUACGCCUCUGAUCCUUCCGCUGCUGCGUCGUCUGCUUCGUCCAGCACACCGCAGGCAGACUCGAUGCGCUCUGCCAUCAAACAGAUUGCCUCUGGGCGAUUUGGCGUAACCAUCGACUACCUGUACAACUCGGACGAAAUCCAAAUCAAGAUGGCCCAAGGCGCCAAACCGGGCGAAGGCGGCGAGCUUCCUGGCCACAAGGUCACGGGCAACAUUGCGGCCACGCGUCACUCAACCCCUGGAGUCGGUCUGAUUAGCCCGCCGCCGCACCAUGACAUUUACUCGAUUGAGGACUUGUCGCAGCUCAUUUCCGACAUGAAGUGCGCCAAUCCCAAGGCUCGCAUCAGCGUCAAACUUGUUUCGGAAACGGGAGUGGGCAUCGUCGCCUCGGGUGUGGCCAAGGGCAAGGCCGACCACAUUCUCGUGUCGGGUCACGAUGGCGGCACUGGUGCCAGCACUUGGACGGGCGUGAAAAGCGCCGGCCUGCCUUGGGAGCUCGGCCUGGCAGAGACGCACCAGACGCUCGUUCUCAACGGCCUUCGCGGCCGCGUUGUCUUGCAGACGGAUGGCCAACUUCGCACCGCCCGCGACGUUGUCGUGGCAGCAUUGCUGGGUGCGGAAGAGUUUGGCUUUGCCACCGUGCCCUUGAUCGCGUUGGGUUGCACCAUGAUGCGCAAGUGCCAUCUCAACACGUGCCCUGUUGGUAUUGCCACGCAGGACCCCGUCCUGCGCGCCAAGUUUGCUGGCAAGCCGGAGCACGUCGUCAACUUUUUCUUCAUGCUCGCAGAGGACAUUCGCGGCAUCAUGUCCAAGCUGGGUGUCCGCAAGUUUGACGAGCUGGUCGGUCGGUCGGAUUGGUUGGCACAGCGUGCCGCGGAUCCACUGCAGCCAGAGCAGUUUGCUGCCAAGUUGCAGUCGAUCGACCUGAAGGGCUUGCUCACACCGGCAUUCACUCUGCGUCCAAACGUGCCCACCCGCUUCACGACGCCACAGCAGCAUGAUGCGCUCGAGGCGACAAAACUCGAAAACCGGCUGCUGAGCGAAAACGAGGCGCUGAAGCAGCUCUUGACGGGCCCUGCUGCGCCUUCGGUCGGCACGGCUCUCACGGUCGAAACGACCAUCAAGAACAUUGAUCGCACGUUUGGCACGCUGCUUAGCUACCACGCAACUGCAAAGUUUGGAGCUGCCGGCCUGCCAUCGAACGACGCGCUGGUGCUGCAACUCCACGGCUCGGCCGGUCAAAGCCUGGCUGCCUUCCUCGCGCCGGGCAUUACCGUCAAGCUUUUUGGAGAUUCGAACGAUUACGUGGGCAAGGGUCUCUCUGGAGGCAUUGUUGUUGUGCGACCCCCGUUGGACAUGCCUGCCGAGUUUAAGAGCGACGAGAAUGUGAUUGUGGGCAAUGUUUGCCUCUACGGCGCCACCUCUGGACGCGCCUUCUUUGCUGGCGUUGCGGCAGAGCGAUUUGCCGUUCGAAACUCUGGCGCGCUCGCCGUUUGCGAGGGCGUUGGCGAUCACGGCUGCGAGUACAUGACUGGCGGUCGAGUGGUCAUUCUUGGCCAGACUGGCAUCAACUUUGCCGCUGGCAUGUCGGGUGGCAUUGCCUACGUGCUCGACCGCGACAAUGAGUUUUCUUCCCACCGUUGCAACCGCGAAAUGGUUCUUUUGGAGCGUGUCGCUGCCGGCUCGAGCGACGAGACUGAGCUUUUGGAACUGAUCCGUGAGCAUGUUACGCGCACCGAUUCGGCAGUGGCGAAAGCCAUUCUGAGCGAUUGGGAGUCCAUCCGCCCCAAGUUUGUCAAAGUCUUCCCCCACGAUUACAAGCGAGUGCUCGAACAGCAGAAGCAGCAGAAGCAGCAGCAACAGCAGCAACAGCUUCAGCAACCGGCUGCGAGCAAACAGGCGCCCGCUUUUGAUGCCGCCCCUCGUCGCUUCUUCUCGAUGGCGGCCGCUCGUCGCAGCGGGGCCAACUCGACCAUCAAACCAACCAGCUCCUCGUUCACCUCUGCCAAGCCGCUUGACAAGCUGCGUGGCUUUGUGACGGUUGAACGCGAGGAAGUUGGAUAUCGCAAUGAAGCCGACCGCGUUCACGACUGGGAGGAAGUGCUCCAUCCGACCCAUGUCGAAGGCAAAACCACGGCAUCCGAGCGUGCCCAGACGAAGGCCGCGGCGACUCCCGUCGUGGUGGCCACCGCUUCGUCGGAUGAACACCUGGCAAAGCAGACUUCGCGAUGCAUGGACUGUGGCGUGCCGUUCUGCCAGUCCAAGUCACACGGCUGCCCGAUUGGCAACCUGAUUCCCCAGUUCAACGAGCUCGUUUUUCAGGGCAACUGGCGCGAGGCUUACCUGCAACUGUCGACCACCAACAACUUUCCAGAGUUCACGGGCCGUGCUUGCCCUGCGCCCUGCGAGGGUGCCUGCGUUGUGGGCAUCAUUGACAAGCCGGUGACUAUCAAGAAUGUCGAGAACGCCAUCAUUGACCAUGCUUUCGAGCAAGGCUGGGUGCAGCCGAUCAUUCCGAUGCACCGCACCGGCAAACGUGUUGCUGUCGUGGGCAGUGGGCCCGCAGGGCUGGCUGCCGCCGAUCAGCUCAACCGGGCUGGCCAUUCCGUCACAGUGUACGAGCGUUCCGAUCGGUUUGGCGGCUUGCUCAUGUACGGCAUCCCGAACAUGAAACUCGACAAGCGCGCAGUCCAGCGUCGCAUCGAGCUCCUUCGUGCCAGCGGCGUUGUGUUUGUGCCCAAUACUGCUGUCGGAACCUCCCAAGCCGUGGACGAUUUGGCCAAGGAAUUUGAUGCAGUCUUGCUGUGCACGGGCUCCACCGUCCCUCGCGAUUUGCCCGUCCCUGGCCGCAAUGGCCGAGGUGUGCACUUUGCCAUGGACUACUUGGAGCCGUCGACGCGCGCACUUCUCGGAGACUUUGAGAGCUCGGGCCACAAGGUGCCUGCCGAAUACGAUGCCCACGGAAAGAACGUUGUGGUGAUUGGUGGCGGUGACACUGGCGCGGAUUGCAUUGCCACAGCAAUUCGCCAAGGCGCGCGCAGUGUCGUCCAAUUUGAGAUCAACCUCCAGCCGUCCAAGGAUGGGCGCGCAGCCGCCAACCCUUGGCCGCAGUACCCCAAGGUGUUCAAGGUGGAUUAUGCUCACGGCGAGGCGGCUGCCGUCUUCCAGAAAGAUCCCCGUGAGUACGUUGUGCUCAGCACGGCAUUUGCCGUCGACCCUUCGAGCAAGCGCGUCACGGGCGUUCACACCAACCGCCUGGCUUGGGAUGUGCCAGCCCACACCCACGAGUCGAUUGCCGGGUCGGAGCACACCUUCCCUGCUGAUCUCGUGUUGCUCGCGAUGGGGUACCAGGGACCCGAGUCGGAGUUUGCCGUCGCCGCGGGCGUGCAGCUCAACUCGCGAGGGAACUUUGCCACGGCGCUGCCGCAACCCGGUCUUGGCAUCGACGUGUCCUACCGCACCCAUGCCAACAAGAUUUAUGCUGCUGGAGAUUGCCGUCGCGGCCAGUCCCUCAUUGUCUGGGCCAUCAACGAAGGCCGCAUGGCUGCUCGGGAGAUUGAUCUGGACCUGAUGGGCCGAACUUUGCUUCCGGUGACUGGUGGUGUGACCCUGGCAUCCACUUCGCAGCUUGCUCCCCAGCGAAUUGCUGCUCGUGGCUAG